CCCGGGCCGCCAGCGCCGGCCGCGAGGCCACCGCACCUGCCGCGCCCGCGCCGCGUCGCCCGCCGCCGGCUCGCCCAUGCCGCCCGGCUGCCCACGCCGGCCACGAUGACCACUUCCCUGCGGGAUGGGCAGAGCGCCGCGGGCCGGGCGGCCGCCCGCCGCUCGCCGCUGGCCGCCCAGGUGUGCGGCGCUGCCCAGGGGAGGGGCGACGCCCGCGACCCCCGCGCCGGCCCCCGGGCCGCCCGCGCCGGACGGGACCCGCGGCUGCGCGGCGGCCGACAGGUAGGCAGCCCCCGAGGGCGCGGGAGUGUCCGGGCGGGCCCGGCGCCUCGGGGCGCAGGGGGCGGUCCUCGGGGGUGAGCCAUGUGCCCAGCGCGGGGCCAAGUUUGUGAAAGUCUCCGCAGACCAGCCCCUUGGA